AUGGUUCCCUACUCCCCAGAAACCUUCAAGCCACUACUUGGCAAGCUAGUCAAGACUCCAGAGUUUUUCAGCCCCGAUGACCUCCGCCUUGCACUGAAUCAUAUCUUUACGCCAAAUGCUGUCUACGAUGUGCAGAUUGGAUCGUUCCUAACUGCCCUUCAUAUCGAGCGGAUCGAGCGAAGACCAGAAUUUCUCGCAACCGCAGCGCAGGCUCUCCGAGAUCGUGCUCUCAAGGCUGCAGUGGAGGAUGCCGAUCAGGAUUUUGUCGUUGACAUUGUCGGCACUGGUGGCGAUGGGCACAACACCUUCAACGUGAGCACGACUGCUGCGAUCGUUGCAGCAGGGGCGGGUGCCCGAGUGAUCAAGCACGGAAGCAGGGCAUCAACGUCCUCUUCUGGCUCUGCUGAUCUGUUGCAGUCGCUCGGCUGUAUCUUCACACCUCCCGCUACAACCGAAUCCCCAGUGCCAAUUCCUCGAGUUCCAUUCACCUUCAUCCUCGCACCUCAUUACCACCCUGCAAUGGCAAUGAUCGCCCCAUACCGCAAGGCCCUUCCUCAUCGCACAAUGUUCAAUGUGCUCGGACCUCUCAUUAACCCCGCCCGGCCGCGAGGAAUGGUUUUGGGCGUUGCUGAGCGCGAGCUCGGGCCGACUUUCGCUGCGUCCCUCGCCGACGGUGGCGUUGAGCGAGCACUGGUGGUCUGCGGAGCCGAGGGCCUCGAUGAGAUCAGUUGUGCGGGAGAGACAUAUGCUUGGGAAUUGAUUGACGGCAAGGUCACGGAGCGAAGGCUACACCCAGAGCAGUUCGGCUUGCAGUUGCAUGCUCUAUCGGCUGUGGCUGGUGGCACGCCUGCCGAGAACGCGGAGACAUUCAUGCUGCUGCUGACCUCAGGGCAAGACAUCCCCGAGCGGCUGACGCCUGUGUUGCACUUUGUCCUGUUGAACGCAGCUGCCCUGCUUACUGUGGCCGGAGUUGCGACCGACUUCAAGGACGGAGUGGAGAAGGCUAUGACAAGUAUUACAUCUGGUGCAGCGUGGAAGGCGCUGGAACGCUUCCGAGAUGCUGGGAAAGAGGCCAGCGACUAG